GAGAUUUCUUAGAAGUAGUCAUCUUCUUCUCUUUAGACCUUUUUUUCUGCAGGGGGGCUCUAAAGCAAAACCCUUUUCCUGAAAUCGCCGUCGCAAAUUAGAAGAAUCACCUACAGUCUUUUGUAGGGUUUUCAAGACGAGGCAAUAUGAGAUUGGAGAAGUGUUGGUUUUGCUCUUCCACAAUAUAUCCUGGUCAUGGUAUUCAAUUUGUCCGUAACGAUGCCAAGAUAUUCCGGUUCUGUAGGUCGAAGUGUCACAAGAACUUCAAGAUGAAGAGAAACCCACGUAAAGUGAAAUGGACUAAAGCAUUCAGAGCUGCACACGGGAAGGACAUGACUAAGGAUACAACAUUUGAGUUUGAGAAGAAGAGAAACAGACCUGAGAGAUACGACAGGAACGUUACAGAGAAUACACUCAUGGCCAUUAAGAAGAUUGCUAAGAUCAGAACCGCAAGGGAAGCCAAACAUAUCGAAAAUAGGUUGAAGCCAAACAAGCAGAAGAAACUCAAUGACGAUAUGAAAGAACUUGAUCAGAACAUUCAUAUGGUCCAGGCUCCCGGGGCACAGAAGAUCAAAGUUGAUGUUUCCGAAAAGAAGUCUGUUCAAAACGAAGCCAUGGAAGAGUGAUUCUGUGGUAACAAUAUGAUCCGUCUAAAAGCCUCUCACUUACUCUGAUGCUGGUGUCAUCUUAAAGAACAAGUCUUCUUUAGUUUCUCUUACCAUUUGUUUUUGGAAGUCUUUAAAAAAAAAAAAGUUUUGGUUUUUGUACUGAUAAAACGGCUUUAAGUUGCUAUCAUUUUGCAAUGUAUUAUUAUGUGUCUUUUAUCAUGCGAAUGGUUAGGAGACAUCCAUAGCAUC